AUGGCCGCCGAUGUGGGAUCGAUGUUUCAAUAUUGGAAGAAAUUUGAUCUACGGCGGCUUCAGAGGGAGCUGAACUCGGUGGCCACCCAGCUGGCAGGACGACAGGAAGAGAGUGACCACUCACACAGACACCUGCUGGAGCUCAGCCGAGAGUUCAAGAAAAAUGUCCCAGAGGAAGUGCGGGAGCUGGUCGCGCCAGUCCUCAAGAGUUUCCAGGCCCAGGUGGUAGCCCUGAGCCAGCGCAGUAAGGAGGCUGAGGCGGCGUUCCUGGGAGUCUACAAGCAGCUGAUCCAGGCCCCAGACCCCGCUCCAGUGCUGGAGGCGUCACACACUCUUGAGGAGCGACUGCAGAAGCUGCAGAGCUCCGCCCCCAACAGCUCAGAGCUGAGAGAAAUCUCCUCCCACUGGAAGAGCCACCUGGAGUGCCUUAACAACUCAGUCCACUCAGAGGACAGUCCCGGCGCGCUGGCGGAGGAAGGUCCCGGGGGGGCGUCCACAGCAGAGACGUCCAGCCAACCGUCCACAACUAUGACCCCCAACAGCACACUCAACUCACCGCAACACAACCACCACCAGACAGACGGCUCCUCUGAGGAGUGUGAGUCCACUCUCUCGUCCAGGACGGGGGACGCUGAGGGCAAGAUGAGCGCCCUGCAGACAUCGCUGACCACAGCCCAGUCAGAACUCCUGGAGCUGCGGAGGAAAUAUGAAGAGGAGAUGACCGCUAAGGUGGAGGAAAUUGGUCUGCUGGUCUCAAACCUUGAAAAAGCCAACCAGAGAGCAGAGCUAGCUCAGAGGGAAGUGGAGAGGUUAAAGGAGCAGCUGGCCAACUCUCAGACCACCAGCUGCCCAGCACAGGACACCAAGGGAAAGGAGCGGGGGGAGCAGGAUGAGUGUGGCUCGUCCCAGCUGGAGGUGGCUCUGUUUGCUAAGGACAGAGAGAUCCUGCGCCUGCUGGAGAACGUCCAGAGGCUCCAGUUCACGCUACAGGAAGUCCAGGACGCCUCGGCCAAUCAGGUCGCAGAGCUGGAGCGCCAGCUGGCCUACAAGACAGAAGCUAUAGAGAGAUUAGAAGCCAAGCUGCAGAUUCGGAGAGACUAUGAAGAGAUUAAAACUGAGCUCAGCAUCCUGAAAGCGAUGAAACUGGCGUCAGCAAACGGCAGCUUAAACCAGGAAUCUGCUAAGGGUGCAGAAGCACUACUUCUGGACAAAGAAGCCUUCCUGCCCUCUCAUAAGUAUCUGAUGGACAAAGCCCGAGUGCUACACACCAGUGCAGUAGAUGAGGACCAAUCAGAGGAGACUGCAAAUGACCUGAGCCGGCCCCUCGGGUCUUACUCCUCCCCCCAAAGGCCGCUAUUGGGCGACGGCCGCUCGUCCUCCAGCCCGGGCCCGCCCCCCGUGGACGGCAACUCCUCGUCGUCCUCGUCGGCCCACGACCUCUCGCGACCUUUCUCCGUGUCGCCGUUCUCCAGCGAGAAGCUGUCCGGCGAGCAGCUCCUGCAGCGCCAGCUGCUGUCUCCGCUCCUGAAGAAAGAGGGCGCCGCCGCGUCCUCCCUCGCGCCCACACACACGCCCUCACACACACACACGCCCUCACACACACACGCGCCCUCACACACACACACGCCCCUCAUGGCCUUCCCCUCCGCGCUCUACGCCGCCAAAGCCGCCCUCAUGUCUGCAGCCAAUCAGGCGUCGGUGGGGGCGGGGACGGGUCCCGGCGAGACGGGCGUGCCCAGCGACCAAUCAGAGAGCGGGAACUCGAGCGCGGGCGGGACGACGGAGGACGACCAGCUGGAGACGUCGGAGAUCGCCUACCAGGUGAAGGAGCAGCUCCUGAAGCACAACAUCGGGCAGCGCGUGUUCGGACACUACGUGCUGGGCCUGUCGCAGGGCUCGGUCAGCGAGAUCCUGGCCCGGCCCAAGCCCUGGAGGAAGCUGACCGUCAAGGGCAAGGAGCCCUUCAUCAAGAUGAAGCACUUCCUGUCCGACGAGCAGAACAUCCUGGCGCUGAGGACCAUCCAGGUCCGGCAGAGAGGGAGUAUAACUCCUCGUAUCCGAACUCCUGAAACUGGGUCAGACGAGGCCAUCAAGAACAUUCUGGAACAGGCCAAGAAGGAGAUCCAGUCUCAAAGAGGAGGCGACGGCAAGUCUCUGGCGGGCGGCGGGUCGGGCCGCAGCAGCAGCGGUGGCGUGGGCGGCGGCUCGGACGAGACCAUCAAGGGCAUCCUGGAGCAGGCGCGGCGCGAGAUGCAGGCGCAGCAGCAGGCCCUGCUGGAGAUGGAGGCCUGCGGACGCACCUCCUCCUCCACCACCUCCUCCUCCAUCUCCGCCUCCUCCUCCUCCACCGCCGCCGAGCGCCUCGGACUCGGCCUCGGCCUCGGCCUCCAGGACGUCGCCGCGGUCAAGGCCCUGCAGGGCCCGGGGCCGGCCGCCGCCUACGUCAAGCAGGAGGAGGGUGGCAUGGUGCCCGUGUGCGUGGCUGGCAGUGCCAUCGGAUGCCCGCAGACGCCGCUGAGCGUGCUGUCGCCCGCCGCCUUUGUGCAGAACAUCAUCCGCAAGGUCAAGUCGGAGAUCGGUGAGGCCGGCUCGUACUUCGACCAGCACUGGUCCGCAGAGCGAGGAGGAGGAGCAGGAGGAGGAGGAGGAGGAGCAGGAGGAGGAGUGGGGAUCAUGGGCGCCAUCUCGCGACCUUUCACCUCCGCAUCGCCCGCUGUGUCCUCCUCCUCGUCCUCUGGCCACGGCCCCGUGCCACGCACCUGGCCUCGCUCGGAGAACGGCGAAGGCCCGCCGACCGGCGACGACACGUCUGGAGCGGAGGAGGACAUCGGAGUCCAGGUGGGGGCAGGGACGCCCCGUCCCGUGGAGGUGAAGGUGGAGCCGGAGGCCUCGUCGGCGGGCGAGGGUUCGUGUCCGAGCCGCGCGCCCUACUACCCGGCGUACAUCCCGCGCACGCUCAAGCCCACCGUGCCGCCGCUCACGCCCGAGCAGUACGAGAUGUACAUGUACCGCGAGGUGGACACGCUGGAGCUCACGCGCCAGGUCAAGGAGAAGCUGGCCAAGAAUGGCAUCUGCCAGCGCAUCUUCGGAGAGAAGGUCCUGGGUCUGUCUCAGGGCAGUGUGAGUGACAUGCUGUCCCGUCCCAAGCCGUGGAGUAAGCUGACGCAGAAGGGGCGCGAGCCCUUCAUCCGCAUGCAGCUGUGGCUGCUGGACCAGCUGGGACAGGGCCUGAGUCAGCUGCCCAACCACACCAACACACAGGAUAAGAGCCCGGUCAUGUCCCAGUCGUCCCCCUCGCCUCCCCCCAGCCCCGAGGAGACCCCGUCCAGCCUGGCCCACCCCAGCGAGCCCAUCAGCCUGGCCCUGGAGAGCAGCAAGGAGAACCAGCACCCCCACCCGCACCCCCACGCCCACCCGCACCCCCACGCCGACCCCCCCGGGGGCAAGAGCACCCCCGGCCUGCAGCUGCUGCCGCCCCCACACCUGCCCCUGGGCAUCCAGGAGCUGGUGGCCAUGUCCCCCGAGCUGGACACCUACGCCAUCACCAAGCGCGUCAAGGAGGUGCUCACCGACAACAACCUAGGCCAGCGUCUGUUUGGCGAGACCAUCCUGGGGCUGACCCAGGGCUCCGUGUCCGACCUGCUGUCCCGGCCCAAGCCCUGGCACAAGCUCAGCCUGAAGGGCCGCGAGCCCUUCGUCCGCAUGCAGCUGUGGCUCAACGACCCGCACAACGUGGAGAAGCUCCGAGACAUGAAGAAACUGGAGAAGAAAGCCUACCUGAAGCGGCGCUACGGCCUGCUGAGCCCCGGCUCGGACAGUGACUCCCCGGGGACGCGCUCGGACUGCGUGAGCCCGGGGCUGUCGGCGCUGGAGCUGUGCCCGUUCACCCAGCAGCAGGCCAAGAAGCCGCGCGUGGUGCUGGCGGCCGAGGAGAAGGAGGCCCUGCGCAAGGCCUACCUGCAGGAGCCCUACCCCUCCCAGCACACCAUCGAGCUGCUCGCCGCUCAGCUCCACCUCAAGACCAACACCGUCAUCAACUGGUUCCACAACUACAGGUCCCGGAUGCGGCGUGAGGUUCUCAUGGAGGGCCCUCAGGACAACGACACGGACGCCGAGCCCACCCCUUACUCCCCGCUACCCUCCCGCAGCCCCGUAUCCGACGGCGACGACCGGAAGCUUCCGCCCCACGUGCGUCCCCUCAGCGCCUCCGUCCGACACCUCCCCGCGCCCGUCAAGCAGGAGGCCGGAGACUCUGAGCUGGAGGCUCCAGGGGAGGGGGGGGACGCCGCCGGCCGGCAGCCCAGGAUCAAGCACUUCCCGCUGGGCCUGCCCUUCCCGCCGCUGAAGGCCGAGCGCGAGGAGCUAGCGCUGACGCUAACCGGAGCUCCGCAUCGCCCACAGAGCGCCAGGGAGGACGAGGCCAGCAGCAGCCAGGGCCCGGGGCUCUUCUCCGGGGCUCUGGGCAUGGAGGGCCCCCUGAGGCCCAGCGUGAGUCCGCACGAAGCGGGGGAGGACGCCGACAAGUCGCCCGUGGACCCCGUGAGCUUCAAGGCGGCGUCGGAGCCGUGCCGCAGCAGCCUGGAGGUGUCGCUCAACUCCCCCUCGGCCGCUUCCUCCCCGGGCCUCAUGCUGUCCGUCUCCCCGGUGCCCUCCUCGUCCGCCCCCAUCUCGCCGGCCAACCACGGCAUGGACGCCCCCUCGGCGCCCGGCUACGGGCCGGACCCCCCCACCCCGCACAACCCCAAGCUCAACAAGAGCACGCAGAGGCGCAACGAGAAGAUGGCCAACCUGAACAACAUCAUCCACCGGCUGGAGAGGGCUGCCAACCGCGAGGAGAGCCUGGAGUGGGAGUUCUAGAGCGUGACCUUCUCUCUCUCUCUCUCGCCCUCUGAGUGUGUGUGAGUGUGUUUGUUUGUGUGUGUGUGUGUGUGUGUGUGUUUGUGUGUGUGUGAGUCAGAACCCUUGCACAUGUUCACCCCAAGACUCUGAAAGAGAACCAUUAUAGAGUCACCUCAAGACUCUGAAAAAAAUCACUUUCUGGAGUCACCUCAAGACUCUGAAAGAGAACCUUCUGGAGUCACCUCAAGACUCUGAAAGAGAACCUUCUAGAGUCACCUCAAGAUUCUGAAAGAGAACCUUCUGGAGUCACCUCAAGACUCUGAAAGAGAACCUUGUUGGAUCACCCCAAGGCUCUAAAAGAGAACUUUCCAGAGCCACCUGAAGACUCUGAAAGAGAUCCCUCUGGAGUCACCCCAAGACUCUGCUGGAGAACUUUCCGGAAGCUCUGGAAGAUGCCCCGCCCCCCCAACUUGGACCCCAUGGUCCUCUGCACUGACCAGUCCCUCAAAGGGAACGACAACCUACAACACUUAACACUGAUGACACCCCUCCGGAAAAAACACAUACACUCACAGACACACACAAACACACGCGCAUGCACACACACAAAGACUCACAGUCACACACACACACAUAUACACAUUUCUAAACGUCUUUUAGGUAUUUUGAUAAAGCAUCCUCUUUGAAUUUUAUGUAACAGCACGUGCUGUUGUGUUUUAAACAAAAGAGACAUAACGAGAUCAAGAGGAACUCUGAGGUGAAGACUUGCAGCUAUGGUGUCAUGAAAUGCACACUGAAGUCCUAUAGAUUGCCACUGGGUGAGAUUAUUUAAAAAAAGACCGCUGUCUUAAGCCAUUUAAAAAAGCACUAUACUUAUUUAAAAUGAGACACUGACCAAAUUUGCUACUUUUUGAAUAGCAAUUUUUCUGAUUUUGUCUGUAAGACGGGACAGUAAAAA